AUGAACAAUAAUCACCAAUCUCCGCCUCAAAAUUCCGGCAAAAUCUCCCCUGGUCCUCAAUUUGGUGAUAAUAAUUCCGACCAAUCUUACUGGUUCGACGAUUCCACCAUCCUCGACAUCGAUUACUUCGUCAAAACCCUAGCCGGAAUCAAAGCCAAAGGCGUACGUAGCGAUUUAAUCGGCUCUAUUAUUACACAUUACGCUUCAAAAUGGCUUCCAGAUCUCUCCGAUGAAGCACUCAACAACCAUCAAGGGAAUAAUAAUAAUAAUGGUGGUGUUAAUUUGAUGAAUAACAAUAGUUUUCAGGAAUCGCCAGAGAGUGUGACGAAUUCAUGGAUGAAGAAGAGGUUCUUUGUGGAGACGUUGGUUGGAGUUUUGCCACCGGAGAGGGAUUUGAUUCCGUGUAAUUUUUUGUUGAGGUUACUUCGGACGGCGAAUAUGGUGGGAGUGGAGGCGCCGUAUAAGGCGGAGUUGGAGAAGAGGAUUACAUGGCAGUUGGAUCAAGCGUCGUUAAAGGAAGUGAUGAUACCUUCCUUUAGUCACACUUGUGGAACGGUUUUGGAUGUGGAAUUAGUGAUUAGGCUUGUGAAGAGGUUUGUGAGCUUGGAAGACGGCGGGGGAGUUAGGAGCGGGGCCGCAUUGGUUAAGGUGGCGAAAAUGGUGGAUUGUUAUCUUGCGGAGGCGGCGAUGGAUUCUAAUUUGGGAUUGACGGAGUUUGUGGAGCUGGCGGGGGCUUUGCCGAACCAUGCUCGAGGCUCCGAUGAUGGACUGUAUAGAGCCAUUGAUACUUAUCUCAAAGCACAUCCAAAUGUAUCAAAACAAGAAAGAAAGAGUAUAUGCAAACUGAUGGACAGUCGCAAGCUCUCAACAGAAGCCUCACUCCACGCAGCUCAAAACGAGCGUCUCCCGGUUCGAGCCGUAAUCCAAGUCCUUUUCUCGGAGCAGACCAAACUCAACUACCGUCAUCUUGAUUGGAGUGGCUCGAUCGGUGGGGGAGGAGGACGUAGCCCAUCUGCUGCCCUCGACCAUCUACCAACAAGGUGUCAGUCGAAGAGAGAAAUCACGGCCCAACAAAUGGAAAUCAAGAGGCUAAAAGACACGGUUGUGAGGCUGCAAAAUCAGUGCAAUUUAAUGCAAGCCCAAAUGGAGAGGCUGUCGGAGAAAAAGAGAGGGAGUUUCUUCAAAUGGAGGAAGUUUGGUUUUAAGAAUUACGUUGGGGAUAUGGAGAAGCUUGAUGACGGAGGUGGCGAGGGCGGAGGAGGGGAAAUGGGGGAGGAAGGUUUUGGGAGGCAGACGCCGGUGGACAUUAAAACUAAGUUGGUGAAACGUAGGACGCCAACGAAGACAUGGAGGAAAUCUGUGUCUUGAAAAUAUGUUUUCUUUUAAUUUCCUCUCUAAUUAUGUAUCUAAUGAUUAUUUCUAAUCUAACUUCCUCUUUCUGUUUUUAUGCA